GGCGCAGGGCCGCCCGGCCCCUUUGCUGCGGAUGCCAGAACGCUGGGAUAAUGCUUUGGAACGCCGAGAUAAUGUUUUAGAACGCUGGGAUAUGUCUAAUGGGCACAAACUGUCAGGGUCUGGCAGUAGCCCAUCCCAGCCAAAAACAUUUCCUCCUGGGGGAAUUUCUUCAGAUUCAAAAUAUGAUGGUCUGCUUCUCACUGUGGAAAAUGUUAAAAAGCUUGAGGAAGAGUGUACAACUCCUAAAGAAGUCCUCGUUAACCAGAAGGUGGAGGAAUAUAUUAAACAAACUAAUCUCUCUUUGCUGGAGAGAGCAAGAAGCAGGAAUACUAGUAGAGAGUUCGUCCUAGAUGAAACCAAUCCUGAAGGAGUUGCUUCUCCAACAGAGCUGGAUGAAAAAUCUGGGAAAACUCAUGGGAAAACCUCUAAAGAAAUUUCAAAAACAGAAUGUCAGACAGAUUCUCCAUCAACUCUGCAUGUUGGUUCUAAGUCAAAGGAAUCGAAGAAGUCUGUGGACAGCUCUCCCACCUCCCCUCAGAGCAGAAAGUAUGACGUGGAAGAUCUGAUGACCCAGACAGAAUGGGGCUACUCAGAGAAGUCUCUGGAUGCCCAUGAGGAUGUAUUUGGAGAAGAGGUGAGGAGUACAGAAGUCAUAGAUGAAGAAUCCGUGUCCAUCCAAAGUCAAGACAUAGUAGUAAUCUAUACUAACAUCUCCAAAGAAAUUGAGGAGAAAGAGAAGGAAGUGGUAGUGGCAGAAGCAGCAGCUGAAAAAAAUGAGGCAGAAGAAGAGGCAUCAACUGAAAUUGAUUAUGCUGAAGGAAGAAAAGAGUAUGAACAAAUCAUACUGGAUGAGCAAGAUGUAUAUUCCACCCUUUCCAAAUCUGUAGGUGAAAGAACUGAUGGAAAUGCAGCUGAAGAAGAAAAAGGGAAGAAGCUGAAUUUUGAAGCCCUUCAUGAGCUUGUUGAAAACUUACAAGACCACCGGUCUGUUUCAGAAGAGGAAACUUCUCUCCUUGAAUCAAAGGCUUAUGAUGGUGUGAAAAUAACUACUCUGUACUUAAAGGAGGGACAUGGAGAAAGUGAAAGAGAAAUCUGUGAAUUUUGUAGUGGUCCUGUAAAGCCCUUCCCAGAAGUAGAAGAUCUGAGCAUAGUGCCCCUGGAAAAGCUCUUAUGCUGCAGGACCUACAAGACAGUAUUUGAGUGUGUGAUAAAGGAGCUGCUGAUAAAAACUGAUUCUGCUGAAGAGAUUGACAUUAGCCCUCAUCCUCGUCUCUCACAAGUGCUGCUGCUCAGUGAAACCAAGAAGAAACUGGAGAAACAGUUGCGAGACAGAGGUUUUGAGAUAUACAGAGAAAUAUUUCAGCGGUAUAUGAAGUUUGCUGCCUGGACCAAAAUCUCAUUUGCAUUAGCGGACCAAAAAGAUAUAAGUGCUGUUGGUGGCAAACAUAGUCGAAAGCAGUCUACAGCUCCAGAAGAUGUGCUAGAGCUAGACACUGAGAUCAGAGCAGAACACUUAAAGAAUUGUCAUGCCAGGGAAGCUGUAAGAAGAUAUUAUCCUGAUGGGCAGAUAUUCUCUCUUCUUUUUCCAGAUGGGACAGGUCAGGUUUAUUAUCCAUCCGGUAAUAUCGCCAUCCUGAUCACGUAUGUCAACAGAGUUCUGUUUACAUACAUCAUUCUCGAGGAUAACUCUUACACAGGGAUCCGAGCGUUCUUCACCCCUCACGGCUAUGCAACAUGCUACCAUCAGAAUAGGCUCUUCUGGUUUCGCUCUAGGAUGAUUCUGGAUUUCUGCUCUGGUUCCUACUUUGAUAAGAAAGGAGUAGAACAGAAGCACUGGCGCUGGCAUGACUUCAGCCACCACGUUCAUGCUCCUCCUUUCCAGCCCAUCUCCAUGAAACUCAAUGUUUAUAUCAGCAUUAAAGUUGUGGCUCAGGACCAAAUUUAUCUCUCAUUUGCUAAAGACUUCAACAGCAUCCAUUUUAACAUGGGGGCCAGCCUAAAGCUAAAAGACCCAGCCACACUCCACUUUAAACCAGCAGAAGACCAGCUGGAGCUCUUCCUUCAUUCCAAAAGCGUCCAGAUCAAGAAGCUCCUGGCCCAGAUGCAGAAAGCAUUGCAAGACUGGCACCGUGCUCAGGUGAAAAACAUUCCAGGCCUUGCCUCAUCAUCUCCUGCGUGCAUACGCUGUUGAAACAGAGACAUUAAAUCAAUGAUUUGCAGUGGACACAGAGCUUCCCAGAGACUGCUCACCAGUCAAGACAGCCAGUCAGGUCAUUGUGAAAGUAAAACUCAUUUUCAAGCUGUUAACAGUUUGCAUCUGACUGCAUGCCAAGGUAGAGUAAUUAUGGCACUGAAGAGCACAGCCUGUCAAUUUUGAAACAAAUAAUCAAUGGAUCCUUGUUAGGUCAAUGUGCACUAGCCCCAUAAAGUGAGAAGGUGGUUCUUAGAAGUGGGAGAAAGGAGAGUAGAGCUGGCUUCAAAUUUGGUGGCAGCCUAAGCUAAACAAACGCCUGCUAUGAGCCACUUUGCAUUUUGCAACCUUUUCCAGCAAAUAUACACAAUUCCUGGAAGCUAAAAUUCACUUACAGUGAAAUGCCCAGAACUGAAUGAAGCAUAUUCUAGGGUGAUAUGACUGGUAGUGAAUGAAAAUGGUCAACUGCCCCUCUGCUCUUCUUCAUAUAGUCAAAUCUGCUAGCUUUUUUCUACUGCUAUAACAGUUUGUAUCUAAUACAAUCAAGCUUGGACCUCUCAUGUUAGGGCCUAACAGAUUUCUCUCUUCCACUGAAUACCUGCCUGGCUUUCAUAUUUCUCCCACAUGCACUUGCCUGCAAUUUAACAAGUUCAGUCUCAUUUUGUUAUUUUUUGAUGAUAUUUCUAACCUUUGUAAGUCCCUUUAUUGGUUAUUACCCUUUCUUUAUAGUCCUUCAGCUAG